ACUGCGCAGCACAACUGAUGAUGCAGAAUCGGUUUCGGUCUGGCCCCUUAAACCCUUCUCACAUGCAGAAGCAGAAGCAGAAGCUAUUCGGAGAGGGUUGAAGAAUUCAAUCAAGAGACCGCCUUAUCUCAUACACGGUCGUAUUGGCAGCACCAGCAGCAGCAGAAGCUGCUGAGAGAGCACGUGAACUUUUGCGAGGCCCCGAACGCAAUUUGGAAAUGGCUACCAUCUUCCCUUCGUCUCCAUCUCUCGAUACUCCCUCUAAAUUGUUGUGUGGGAAUCCUCUUCCUCCUCCUCCUCCUCCUCCCACUUCUCUUGGGCAAUUCAGGCUGGGUUGGCCACAUUAUAGUAAAGGAUAUAAAAACUUCAGAAUUGAACGAAUGAGUGCGGUUCAGAAUGGUAGGCAUCCUGUUCUGUGUGCAAUGGGAAUGGCUGCAAGACACUCGGGCGAUCCUGAAAGAAUGGGUUUCCGUCAUCUAUUAGAUAAGACGAAGGAGUUGUGGGACAGUUCACCAGAACCAGUCAAGAGCUUCCCUUGGAUCCGAGCUUUGGAGAAUUUCGUUCAGCUCAUUCUUGAUCUUGUCUUGGCAGUACUCAAGUUCUUGUGCGUACCGUUAAUGGCUGUAUCUUCCCUAAGCGAGAUGUCCUAUUGUGCUCAUGAAAAGAAGCUGCGACUUGUGCCUUUGCCAUUACUCAUUGGCGUUGCUUUUGCUGGGGUGUUAAACGAGACAGCACUGGAAUUAUCUCCACUGCUUAAGGAUGCAGAAGUGCCAUGGCACCUGAUUGCCAUUGCUGUUUUCUUUACAAUGCUGAAAUUGCCCGGACCUUAUUACCCUUACUGGGGUCGCAUAUUUAUUCCUCACUUUGCAAAUGGGGGGCUAUUGAGGAUUUUGUGGUAUGCUUUUCUAUGGAAUAGAAGGCCCCGGAAGGGACUGGUCUAAAUUUUCUGGAUGGUGGUCCUGCUGUUUCCAGAGCUAAUAAUCGCUACAAGGAAAUUGGCUAUGGAUGUCGUCAUAGUAAGGAUCGGCAUGUCAGUGGCAGCUGCCGCACGGAAGCUGAAUGGAGGUGGAAGAGCAUGGCAUGCCGCAUAUCUGCUAAAUCAACCGAUUUUGCCGCUAUGUGGUUUAGUCCCCCAUUCUUUUGGUCGAGUAGUUCUCUCCUGACGUGGGAUCAUACAGAAAUUGUAGUCUCUAGUUUUAUGCUGCCACAGGAACCGUAGAGUUUGGAUUGUGUGGUUCUUUUAUGUUUCUUCCUCCUCCGUGAUUUUUUUUAUUCACCUAAAGCGCGGUUUCUUUUUUA